AACCAACAGCCAAUCGCGGCGUGAGUACUGUCUGAACCGCCUUGCAGUGUAGUGCCCGGAGAGUUGUCAAGGUUUUGGUUGUGGAUUAUCCGAGAGGGGAGCAAGGGCGGCUACGCUUGUACAAUGCCGAAUAAACCCAAAAAAGAUAAGGAGUCUCCUAAGUCUGGCAAAGUGGGGAAGAGUGGAGGUGGAGGACAGGAAAAUAUCGAGCAUGAGAGCUCCAACAGGAAGACGAGCAACAGUGUUCCUCCCACCACUCAGCUGCUAAAGGGGAAGCAGCCAGGUUCCCAGACACCUGUCAAAAAGGACAAGAGGCAAAGCUCCUCUCGCUUCAGCCUGAGCAACAGCAGGGAGCUGCAGAAACUCCCUGCUUUCAAAGACGUUCCCCCAGCAGAGCAGGAGAAGCUGUUCAUCCAGAAGCUGCGUCAGUGCUGCGUCCUCUUCGACUUCGUCUCAGACCCCCUGAGCGACCUAAAAUGGAAGGAGGUGAAGCGAGCCGCUCUGAGCGAGAUGGUGGAAUACAUCACCCACAACAGGAAUGUCAUCACAGAGCCCAUCUACCCAGAAGUAGUUCAUAUGUUUGCUGUGAACAUGUUUAGGACGUUGCCUCCCUCAUCGAACCCCACCGGUGCAGAGUUUGACCCCGAGGAGGAUGAGCCCACGCUAGAGGCGGCAUGGCCACAUCUACAGCUGGUGUAUGAAUUUUUCCUACGGUUUCUAGAGUCACCAGACUUCCAACCUAAUGUUGCCAAAAAGUAUAUUGACCAGAAGUUUGUAAUGCAGCUCUUGGAACUGUUUGACAGUGAAGAUCCCAGAGAGAGAGAUUUUUUAAAAACCACUCUGCAUCGCAUCUACGGCAAGUUCCUGGGUCUGCGAGCGUACAUUAGGAAACAGAUAAAUAACAUAUUUUAUACGUUCAUUUAUGAAACGGAGCGCCAUAACGGCAUAGCAGAACUACUGGAAAUACUCGGCAGCAUAAUUAAUGGAUUUGCUUUGCCACUGAAAGAAGAGCACAAAAUUUUCCUACUGAAAGUCCUUCUGCCUUUACACAAAGUCAAAUCUCUGAGUGUUUAUCACCCACAGCUGGCCUACUGUGUGGUCCAGUUCUUGGAGAAGGACAGCACCCUCACAGAGCCGACUGUCAUGGCUUUGUUAAAAUAUUGGCCAAAGACCCACAGUCCAAAGGAGGUGAUGUUCCUCAAUGAGCUGGAGGAGAUCCUGGACGUCAUCGAGCCCUCGGAGUUCGUCAAAGUCAUGGAGCCUCUUUUCAGACAGCUCGCCAAGUGUGUGUCGAGUCCACACUUUCAGGUGGCCGAGCGCGCGCUCUACUACUGGAACAACGAGUACAUCAUGAGCCUGAUCAGCGACAACGCCGCCAAGAUCCUUCCCAUCAUGUUUCCAGCCCUUUACCGCAACUCCAAGACCCACUGGAACAAGACAAUCCACGGCUUGAUUUACAACGCUCUGAAACUCUUUAUGGAGAUGAAUCAGAAGCUGUUUGACGACUGCACCCAGCAGUUCAAAGCGGAGAAAAGCAAAGAGAAAAGCAAAUGGAAGGAGAGAGAAGACGCGUGGCUGAAGAUAGAGAAUCUCGCAAAGUCCAACCCACAGUUUUUGGUGUGCAUUGACCCUCCAGGAUCAGGCGGUCCGAUGGACAUGGAGACAGAUGUGCCGCUGAUAGAAGAUGUCAGUGUGUUAAAGCAAACAGUAGAGGAGGGAGCCACACAGAUCCAAAAAGAUCAGCGCAGAGAGCGGCCUCUGGUGAGGAGGAAAUCAGAGCUUCCGAAAGACAUCUCCACCGUCACGGCGUUGGAGUUGCACCGAAGAGCCGAGGAAAUGCUGACGACGCACGACGCCCACUAAGAGACAGAGACCAACCUUAACAAUGAAUCCAAAAAAGAAAAGAAAGAAAGGAAAAAAAAAAA